CAAAAGGCAAGUACGCUGUUUCCCUCUUUUCUCACGCAUCCCCGACUUUUAUUCUUCCUCACUUCACUCUUCACUUCGCUCACACGUUCAACCUACCUCUUCGCUUGUUCCCCCUCUGUCUUUCAGAAAUAAAAUUCAGACCAUGCAACAAGGACCAGGAAAAGACGACGCUCUGGAGGCCAUUGACAACGCAGACGCCAGUCUCCGUCAGCUUUCCAUCCAGAUCCAUGAUCAUCCUGAAUUGGGAUACGAGGAACAUUUUGCUCACAAGACACUCACAGACUAUCUGGAGCAACAAGGAUUCCAAGUAACCCGACAAGCCUGCGAUAUCUCUACAGCCUUUAUUGCAGAAUAUGAGAAUCAAGGUUCUGGUUCUGCAGUCGAUGAACCAAUUCGGUCUGUUGGAUUCUGCUCUGAAUACGACGCUUUGCCCUCCAUCGGCCAUGGUUGCGGACACAAUUUAAUUGCAAUCUCAGGUGUCGCUGCUGCCCUCGGUGUCAAGGCUGCAAUGGAGAAAAAUAAUAUCCGUGGUAAAGUUCGUCUGUUGGGUACUCCCGCUGAGGAAACACUGGGUGGGAAGCGCCCAAUGUUGGAACGUGGCGCGUUCAAUGGGUUGGAUGCCUGUAUGAUGGUUCAUCCUGCUCAAUUUGAUGUUCUUUACAGGCAGCCCUUGGGCGUUGGACGCUUUGACUUUGAGUUCCAUGGAAAGGCAUCUCAUGCUUCAGCAAGCCCAUGGGAAGGGAUCAAUGCUCUUGACGCGGUCUGUAUGACAUAUAACGCCAUUGGCCUAUUCCGCCAACAGACUUUACCAACUAACAGAAUCCACUCAAUUGUCACCAAUGGUGGUCAAGCCGCUAAUAUCAUCCCAGAACUGGCAUCAAUGACAACGUUGUAUCGUGCCAACAAAAAUGAAGACCUUCUCAAGCUGCACGAUCAGAUUGCAGAAAUUGCAAAGUCCUCUGCCGAAGCUUCAGGUUGUACUCUCAAUAUUAAGGAACCAAUGCAGUAUUCGCCACUCAACAAUAACCCACCAUUAGCAGAUCGUUUUGGAGAAUACAUGAAGUCAUUUGGGGUUCGUUACAACUCGCGUGAAGUAGACGAGACCACUCCUGCAGGCUCAACCGAUAUGGGCAACGUCACGGUCGCCUUGCCAGGUAUUCACCCAGUCUUCAACAUCGCUAGCCUGGACGGUGAACGUGAACCGGGUCUGACCACUCAUUCUGCCUUGUUUGCAGAGCGCGCAGGAACUGAGGUGGCUCAUAAGGCCACCAUCCGUGCAGCGAAGGGCCUUUCAUUGACUGCUCUGGAUGUUUUGUUGGAUGCAGAGUUUGCCAAGUCUAUUCGCGAGGAGUUUGAGCGUUCAAAACCCAAGAUUCUAUAAGCUAGAUAGAUACUUUUAACAGCACAAGAAGUUGUGAAGAAACCAUUCAAUUUUCAAAAAAAACAUUUAUGUAAAUAUGUAUUUAAUGAAUGGAUUCGACAGAUACCAGGAUCCAGCAGAUCCCAAUAUGUGAACGGGUUGUCGGAUCUUGGUAAGUCCCACAUGCUAGAGAAAUAAAUUAAUCAGACAUGUCAGACAUGCUGUUAAUCUGGCGCGAUGUCGUUCGUUUGAAACCUCAUUGGCGUCAUGGGCC